GAGAGGAGUGGUGUUAACUUUCACAUGUGCACUCCCAAUGCGUUUUUCAUAUAUUAGCUGGGCAGGGCUUGUUUCACACCAUUUUAGUAGUGGAAUGCAGUGAGAAAUCUAUCCAGUCAGUCGCAUGCUUGUGUGGUUAAAAACGAAGAUGCAUUACCUCCCUGUCACUUUGCUAACAUUCUUGAGCAUAUUAUCUCAAGUGUUAGGAGGUAAAGUGUUAGUAUUUCCACUGGAUGGAAGUCACUGGGUGAACAUGAAGGUCCUGAUCGAGGAAUUACACUCACGAGGUCACAAGGUGACGGUGCUAAGAGCCUCCAACAGCUGGUAUAUCAAGGAAGAGUCUCCUUUCUACAAUUCCAUCACCAUUCAAAACACAGGAGGAUUUGAUGAGGACUUUUUUGGUUUAAUGAUCAGCCGUCUCCUGAAGAUUAAAAGAGAAGGACAUUCCGUUUGGAACCGCAUUCAGCUGGAGUACGAAAUCAUCAUGAAGUUUAAAAGCAUGCAUGAAGAUAUGUUGCAGAUGAUGGAGAGAAUAUUAGAAGAUGAAAAAAUGAUAAACUCAAUCCAAGAUGCUAAAUACGACGUGGUGCUAGCAGACCCAGCUUCUGGAGGCGGUGCAAUCCUAGCUUACAAGUUUAAUAUUCCUUUAGUUUUCAACGUUCGGUGGACGAUUCAUGGAGAGGGACAUUUCGCCAUUGCUCCUUCCCCCCUGUCUUAUGUCCCUGUCCCAGGAGUAGAGCUAACAGACAAGAUGUCAUUCCUUCAACGUGUCAAGAAUGUUUUGACCUACUUUUUCACCCAGUUCCAGAUUGCAAUCAUCUCUGAACCUACCUAUUCUUCUUUUUGUCGCAAACAUUUUGGCCCCAACGUUCAUUAUUUUUCCCUUUUCCAGGAUGCAGAUAUCUGGCUCAUGAGAAAUGACUUUACCUUUGAAUUUCCAAGACCCACAAUGCCCAAUAUCGUCUAUAUGGGCGGCUUCCAGUGCAAACCUGCCAAGCCACUUCCAGCUGAUCUUGAGGAGUUUGUGCGGAGCUCAGGAGAUCAUGGAGUCAUCGUCAUGUCUCUAGGCACCCUUAUUGCUCAGCUUCCACAAGACGUCACCAAUGACAUAGCAGCGGCAUUUGCUCAGCUUCCUCAAAAAGUGAUUUGGAGAUAUACAGGACCUCGACCUGUGACCCUUGGUAACAAUACCUUACUUGUGGACUGGCUCCCCCAGAAUGACCUGCUUGGACAUCCUCAAACUAAAGUGUUUGUUGCACAUGGAGGCACCAAUGGAGUUCAGGAAGCCAUCUAUCAUGGGAUUCCCAUUUUGGGUGUACCAUUAGUGUUUGAUCAGCCAGACAAUCUCUUCAGAAUGGAAUCGAAGGGAACAGCAAAGAUUGUAGAUAUUGCGACUCUGGACAAAAAUGUGUUUCUAGAGGCAUUAAAGGAGGUUCUGCAUAACCCAUCUUACAGGGAGAACAUGCAGAGACUGUCCAGACUGCAUCACGACCAGCCAAUGAAACCUCUUGAUCGUGCCGUCUUCUGGAUUGAGUUUGUCAUGAGGAAUAGAGGAGCCCCUCAUUUACGAACACAGUCUUUCAGAAUGCCCUGGAUUGAGUACUACUCUAUAGAUGUUAUUUUGACUCUAACGGUGACACUUUUCAUAUUUGCAUUUUUGAUUAUAUAUGUGAUUCGAUAUCUUUUUAGAGUUCUGUUCAAAAAGAAAGUAAAAUGUGCAUGAUGUAUACCUACUGUAUGAGUUCGUUGUAGAAAAAAUUCAAGCAUUUACAUUUGCUAAUUUUGUACGGACUUGUUAGAGCUGCAUUUAUUGUUGGUUAAAUCUUGAGCCUCAAUAGAUGCAAAUUUCAUAACUGUGAUUAAUACAAGGACUAAAAAAAGUUU